AACCUACUAGAGGUCUAGAGGUGCGUUUAGUUGUCUUUGAAGGAAAGAUAAAAAGUAGGUAAAGUUUGGGAUUUCGGUCUCUUCGCUUCAGAAAGAAGCUCUGGAUUCCCCUCUCUCCGUCCUCUGCGACGGUUCUUAUGCCGGUUGGCUCUCAGGUUGUGCCACACUUGGAUCUACGCAACCCUGCCUCAUUCCUUAAGACAUGGCUGAGGUGUGCUUCUGGCCCAAACGCUUCCAAUAUCGGGUUAUUUCAUUCCAAGAAGCACUCGAUUGGCGGUUUCUCGUCCGUGGAUAUUUUCUUUUGGUUUCCUUUGUCAAUUGCACUUAGUGGUUUGGUUGCUUUUAAGCUAUCAGCACAGGAAGCGUGAUGCAAAAUAUUGUGGAGAUAGGUGUUCACUUGUCUCAAGAUGCGUUUUGCAAGUGAAGGGUGAAAAGUUGUUUACAAAGUUCACUGCCUCGAAGCUGUGCGGAGUCUAUAGUUAUUAGUUUAUUGCUUUAGUUUUUCCUUUUGAUGGCUACUGGCUAGGGCGGAAACAUCUGGUCGCUGAAUACUUGCUAAAAUUUUACUUGUGGUAGCUCUUAUACAAUUUCUAAACACUUUGGCAACAGCUAUGAACCGAAGAAUCAUCUCUGUUGGCUAGAGAAUUCUUGUUCAUUGUGAACAUGUCAAACUGUUCUUGUCCUACCAUGCCAUCUAUGCUUUCUUACUUUUUUGAAGCCCUGGAUUCAGUCACAACUAUGGCUUUAAUGCACAUCCAUCACAACUCUAGUUUUGAGAUCUUGCACGUUGCCACAGAAGAUUAACCCGAGAUCAGUUGGCACGUCAAGGGAGUUUGCUUGUGCUCCUUCAUAGUUUCUACAUCUGCUGCUGUAGAUUUAUGUCAUAUACCUUCUUCCAAUUUUAUAAUUUGUUCCAAUAAAGAAAGAGCUACUUGGUGUUCCACAAGUAUGGAGAGGUACAAGCUAAUCAAGGAAGUUGGGGAUGGCACAUUUGGGUGUGUUUGGCGAGCAUUAAAUAAGCAGUCUGGUGAAGUAGUUGCAAUUAAAAAAAUGAAGAAGAAAUUUUAUUCAUGGGAGGAGUGUGUUAAUCUGAGAGAAGUGAAGUCCUUGCGGAAGAUGAAUAAUCCUAACAUUGUGAAGCUAAAGGAAGUCAUACGUGAACAUGACAUACUGUAUUUUGUCUUUGAAUACAUGGAAUGCAACCUCUACCAACUUAUGAAGGACAGAGAGAAGCCUUUCUCUGAAGCUCAAUUGAAGAAAUGGUGUUUUCAAGUAUUUCAAGGUCUUGCCUACAUGCACCAGCAAGGAUAUUUUCACCGUGACCUUAAGCCUGAGAACUUGUUGGUCACAAAAGAUGUAAUCAAAAUUGCUGAUUUUGGUCUUGCACGAGAAAUCGAUUCACAACCUCCAUAUACGGAAUAUGUCUCAACUCGUUGGUAUCGUGCACCUGAAGUUCUGCUUCAGUCAUAUUCAUAUACUUCUCAAGUUGAUAUGUGGGCAAUGGGUGCCAUUAUUGCUGAGUUGUUCGCUCUACGACCCCUUUUUCCUGGCAUAAGUGAAGCAGAUGAAAUCUAUAAAAUAUGCAAUGUAAUAGGCAGUCCAACCGUGGAGACUUGGGCUGAUGGACUAAAUCUUGCGAGGGCUAUUAACUACGAAUUUCCACAGUUGGGCGGUGUCAAUCUGUCCGCGUGGAUACCAUCGGCCAGUGAGGAUGCUAUCAACCUUAUCAGUUCCCUUUGUUCCUGGGACCCUUGCCAUAGGCCCUCAGCUGCAGAAGCGCUUCAACAUCCUUUUUUCCAGAGUUGCUUUUAUGUUCCCCCUUCACUUCGUUCCAGAACUGCUGCAACUAGAACACCCCCCUCUGCAGGAACAAGGAUUGGCCUUGGGCAGCAAUAUGCUAGGAGAUAUCAUGGAGCUUUAUCAAAUCCCAAGCUCCCUGGAAAUUUUCAUUCUCCUAAGUUGCAUGCCUCUUUGGGAACAGGUGGAGUGCAACGCAAACUGGAAAUGGUCAAUGAGGCUGCAAACAAGAAUGAUGAAACCUUGAAGAGUUCAACCAAACAGGCGAAGUAUCGACCACCAGGAAGGAAAAGCCCCAAUUCUUUUAACAAAGGUGUGGCUGCACGCGGAGUAUCUGAUACUGCCGAUAAGCUGUCUAGGAUGACAAUGGGUCCUCGACAGCAGUCUCUUUGUCAGCCACAGCCUCCUCCCAAGGGUGGAGUACAGUGGAAUUCUGGAUAUCUUCGUCCAUCCCAACAUAUUCAGCCUGGCAGAGCUUAUCCUAGGAAAGUUGUGGGAUAAUAAACUAAUAAAGUGGCUUGUUUUAAAAGUUUGCAAUAUGUAUCGUGUGCAACUGUCCUAAACUUGAUGUUCUUUUCCUGUCAGAGACAAGACACGUUUUUUAUUAUAUAUUAAUGUAGCAACCUCUGUUUAAUACCCGUGAAUGUAAUUUUAUGUCGUCUAAUCCUGCUAUUAUUUGGAGGGAAUUGCGUAGUCUAGUGUAA